UUGUGUCGUCGUCAUUCUCGUUGUACUCUUAACCUUCGAUAAAAUCUCUCACAUCCGCCUUCGCCUAGAUCUGAAACCCUAAUUCUUGAGUUUCGCUAUGGCGUCCGUCGAAUUAAACAAUUCCAAUUCUGAUUCGCAUACCCUAGAGCAGCCUCCUCCUCCCUCCAAUGGAGACACUGCUCCACUCGCAUCGGAUCAUUUGAAUCCGGAUUCCGUGGCUCUAAACGGUUCUUCUGCUCCUAAUCCAGACACUAACGGCUCAGUAGCAAAGCCUGAGCUCUUACGCCCUUUGAUAUCGGAGAACGGUGUUAGCAAGACGCUGAGUGGUAACGAUAAGGAUCAGUCCGGUGGUGAGGAGGAGACUUCAAGCCGGAGGAAGCGUCGGAGCCGGUGGGAUCCUCCGCCUUCUGAGUCAAGUAAUAACGCUAGUGUUGAAGGGGGUAAUGAUUCCGGUACUGGGACUAGGAAGCGUAAGUCGAGAUGGGCAGAUGAUGAGCCGAAGACGCAGAUUCAGUUGCCUGAUUUCAUGAAGGAUUUCACUGGAGGUAUUGAGUUUGAUCCUGAGAUUCAGGCUUUGAAUAGUAGGUUGCUUGAGAUUAGUAGGAUGUUGCAGUCUGGUAUGCCUUUGGAUGAUAGACCGGAAGGACAGAGGUCUCCUUCACCAGAGCCUGUGUAUGAUAACAUGGGAAUCAGGAUUAACACUAGAGAGUAUAGAGCAAGGGAGAGGUUGAAUAGAGAAAGACAAGAAAUUAUUGCUCAGAUUAUCAAGAAGAAUCCGGCUUUUAAACCUCCGGCAGAUUAUAGACCUCCUAAGCUCCAGAAGAAGCUUUUCAUCCCGAUGAAGGAGUUUCCUGGUUACAAUUUUAUUGGUUUGAUUAUUGGCCCUAGGGGUAAUACUCAGAAGAGAAUGGAGAGGGAGACAGGUGCUAAAAUUGUAAUUCGGGGUAAAGGGUCUGUGAAAGAAGGUAGACAUCAGCAAAAGAAGGAUAUGAAAUAUGACCCUUCAGAAAAUGAGGACUUGCAUGUUUUAGUCGAGGCUGAGACUCAGGAUGCUCUUGAAGCUGCUGCGGGUAUGGUUGAGAAGCUUCUGCAACCUGUUGACGAGGUCCUGAACGAACACAAGAGGCAACAGCUCAGGGAACUUGCCACGUUGAAUGGGACAAUAAGGGACGAAGAAUUCUGUAGACUGUGUGGUGAGCCAGGACAUAGGCAGUAUGCGUGUCCUUCUCGUACCAAUACCUUUAAGAGUGAAGUUCUUUGCAAGAUUUGUGGUGAUGGUGGACACCCUACUAUUGAUUGCCCGGUGAAGGGUACUACUGGGAAGAAAAUGGAUGAUGAAUAUCAGAACUUCUUGGCAGAGUUAGGAGGAACUGUCCCUGAAUCUUCUCUCAAACAGAGUGCUACCUUGGCUCUUGGUCCUGGAAGUUCGGGAAGUAAUCCUCCAUGGGCUAACAAUGCAGGGAAUGGUGCAAGUGCGCAUCCUGGCUUAGGGUCGACUCCGACCAAACCCCCGUCCAAAGAAUAUGAUGAAACAAAUCUGUACAUUGGGUUUUUACCUCCGAUGCUUGAGGACGAUGGUUUGAUUAAUCUGUUUUCAUCGUUUGGUGAAAUUGUGAUGGCAAAGGUAAUCAAGGACCGUAUAACUGGGCUGAGCAGAGGCUAUGGUUUUGUGAAGUACGCUGAUGUCCAGAUGGCUAAUACUGCUGUUCAGUCAAUGAAUGGAUAUCGGUUCGAAGGCCGAACACUCGCUGUCAGGAUUGCUGGUAAAUCGCCACCGCCUACUGCACCUCCAGGACCUCCAACCCCUCAAGCACCAACUCAAGGUUAUCCUCCCCCAAACCAGCCUCCUAAUGCCUAUCCUUCUCAACAGUAUGCAACUGGUGGUCAAAUGCCACCUCCUGUAGGUUAUGCGCCACCUCCUGUAGGUUAUGCAACAGCUCCAGUUCCUUGGGGUCCUCCUGUUCCCUCCUAUUCUCCUUAUGCUCCUCCCCCUCCUCCUCCUGGUUCAUACCAUCCUGUCCAUGGUCAACAUAUGUCUCCUUAUGGAAUGCAAUACCCACCACCACCACCUCCUCACGUGGCACAAGCACCUCCACCUGGCACUACUCAAAACCCAUCUUCUAGUGAACCCCAGCAAAGCUUCCCACCAGGAGUACAAGCUGACAGUGGUGCUGCUACCUCGUCUGUACCACCAAAUGUCUAUGGUAGCUCCGUCACGACUAUGCCUGGACAGCAUCCAUAUAUGAGUUAUCCGUCUUAUUACAAUGCUGUUCCUCCACCUCCUCCAGCACCGGCCUCAUCUGAUCAUUCCCAAACCAUGGGUAACAUGCCAUGGGCCAACAAUCCGCCUGUCUCAACACCUGACCACACACAAGGACUUGUUAAUGCACCUUGGGCACCUAACCCCCCUAUGCCGCCCACUGUUGGAUAUUCACAGAACGCACCCUGGGCUCCGAAACCUCCAGUACCGCCACCUGCAGAGAAUCCAUCCAGUGUUGGAGAUUCCGAGUAUGAGAAGUUCAUGGCUGAAAUGAAGUAGCGCGACACCCCGUAGUGGAGAGGUGUGAUGUUUCUUGGAGCUCUUGUACCCUGAUUUCUUACAUCUUUCUUGUUGGAAGUUUGGGACUCACCUCUUAACCCUUGCUAUGCUGUUGUAAAAUAUGCAGAGAUUCAGGCUGGAAGCUCCCAGUUCAGACAAUUGCGUUUCCAGAAAGGCCAUAAGAUUUUUAUUUGUGUUACUGAUAAUAAUUGCUGCUCUUUUGUAGGACUAUAUAUGUCUGGGGUUCUUGUUUCAUUUCAUAAUACUCAUAUUUACGGUUGAUCAGUGUGUUAAGUCUGUCUUCCGUUCUCAUUUACUCACAAUAUCUUCUGUCCUGUUUCCAUUUGGCCCUAAAAACUUUUGGUGGUAAUGUAGUGCUAAAGAUAUCUAUUAUUCUUUGUGAUGCAAGAUAUAAUCCUCUUGCUCUUGAGGUUAUCUCUUUUGUUUGUCUUGUCUCUUGUGUGCAUAGGGAACUCAUCAUUUCUCGUAGGAACCUGAAGGCAACAGGGUAUGCUGAAUUACAUUGGACAUAUUGAUACCGAUACUUGAUAAAAUCGUUGUUCUCACCCUUUGAUUCUUUAUUGAUACUGAUAUAUAAUAAUAUCUCUCAAGCUUCCAAAUGGCAGGUGUGAUUUCUGGCUAGUGAUCCAGAUUAACUAUAAUAACAUUGUUCUUGUCCUCAGGCUAACUCUAUCUAUAUCUGUCUUAAUGAGUAUGUGUUUCAAUGUCUGCAUGUUUUGUUGGUUGAGGAAUUUAAAUUAGUUAGGAGUCGGAAGCAUUUAUAUAAUCAACUGUCUCAUGAUCGUUGCAUAUAUGGUUAUAUGUGUACAUGAAGAAAGAAGCUGCAUCUUCCAAUUUUGUUUGAUUGUAUGUGUUAAACGUUGAAUCAGGGCUCAUUAUGUUAAGUGUUUGCUUACAUUAACCAGUUUGGUAAGUGGUGUAAUGUAUUAUAACUAGGGAUGUUGGCAUGGAUCGUACUCGAGGAGGUUGACAUUUUGGCAAUCGCGGAGCCCUUGUCUGAGCUAACAAGAUUCUAAUCGCUCAAUUCAACUUUGAUCGAAUAACUCUGUUCAGUUUUAUCCAACGGAGUUCGUGUGUAUAUGGAUUAAUGUGUUAUAUUAUAGGGUAUAGAAAAUAGAAAAACAAGAAUAUCAAGUUGGUUA